CCUCUUCGGAUCACAGCUUGGCUGAGCCGGCGGAGCCGAGCGAGCGGGCGGCGAGGCAGCCCCCGGCUGUCUGUUAGGCUGAGACCUGGCUGAUUUAAAGGAAGAGGAGAGGAGAGGAGAGCCUCCUCCGAGGCACAAGCGCAGGAUCGCCGCGGGCAGCAGCCCGGCAGCGCCGCGCAGCCCUGGACAUGAGCACGGACAGUUUUGCAGAGUUCCUGAAUAAGCUCAAGGAAAUCCAUGAGAAAGAGGUCCAAGGUCUGCAAACAAAGCUAACGGAGCUGACGACGGAGAAAUGCCGUGAUGCCCAGCGGAUUGAAGAGCUGUUUGCAAAAAAUCACCAGUUAAGGGAACAACAGAAGGUCCUUAAAGAAAACAUAAGAGUGUUAGAAAACAGGCUGCGAGCAGGUCUCUGCGACAGAUGCAUGGUCACCCAGGAACUGGCGAAAAAGAAGCAGAAUGAAUACGAGACGUCCCAUUUCCAGAGUCUCCAGCACAUCUUCAUCCUCACUAAUGAAAUGAACCGCCUGAAGGAAGAAAACAGAACUCUCAAGGAAGACCUGAAGAGGCUCCAAAGCCUGGAGGACAGGAUGAAGUACCCAGGAGUCAUCUCCAGAGAAAGCAGUUCCAGCCCCAAUUCCCCCUUGGCUUUACUGUCCCCUGUAAGCAGGACCCCCAGCAUCGACAAAGCAGCUCAGAGAGGGGCAGAAGAGGCGCACCAUGACGUGCCAGGCCUCGAGCUGGGAGAAGAAAAGUCUACAGGACAGAGAAAUUCUCCAAGCCACAGGACUUCCCCAAGCACUGUCCUCCAAGAAGCCAGCCUUGCAGAAAUGACAUCCCAGAGGAUCGCCAGCCAGCUGCAUGGAACCAUUGCCUUGGUGAGGCCUGGCUCGAGACCGUGCCUCCUGGAAAAAAGUCCUCCAGGGACCACACUGUCCCCAUCAGCAGGAAAGACUCCUCUCCCAUCGGAGCGUGAGCGCAGCCCCAGCCUCGAGGGUUAUGCAACAGCAAGCAAAUUGGAUUCCCCCAAGGUUGCUCCAUCCUAUGAAAACUUAAAACUGACUGCCAGGAAAGAGCAGCUCUGCCUCCUCAGCAAACAUUUUUCCCUGCAAAAGCUGGGGCUAGCGAGUAACUGUGCUUCUGCCGACAGGGAUGACAGCUUCUCCAGCCAGUUCCUCAGGGCCAAAGACGCUGAAGGCAGCAUGAGGCCGCGUGACGACUGGGAAGAUCGUGCAGCCAUUUUCAAACUCCCCGCCGCCGUGGUUUACAUGCGGGAUCAGCAUCUGGAGGGGAAACUCCACUUCCUCAGGCACCGGGAGCGGCUGCAGCACUUCCUCGCUCACCAGCGCCAGCAAGGCCUCCACAUCAAGGUGGACAGUGACCAAAAACCUGCUCCUGAGGAGCAGUCCCUGUCCCCUUGGCUAAGCGUCGCACCAGGAUGCAAAGAGGAGAGGUCCUCCCUGGAGGACACCAUCAACGGGAAAGAUGAGAGGGAGCUUUGGCUAAGCAGGGAUGGCUCCGAGCUCAGAGAGACGGCCAAGGCAGCGAGGGACUAUGGCACAGACAUGCCACUGGACCUAUCGGACUCCGGCCGAGGCAGGGAGAUGGGCUGGCACAGGUCCCCGGAGCCGCGGGAGGCUGGCCAGGGGCAGCCGAGCCCCAGGGAGAGCCCCGCUGCUCUGGCAGCCCAGGGCUCCUGCGGACGGCACAGGGCAGAGUGGGAUGACUUGCACCUUACCUACCACUACCUCCAAGCUGCCCGAGCCCAGCCCAGGGGCCAGCCCAGCAGCGUCAAGGAGGAGGAAGAAGAGGAGGAAGCAGCUGUGCUGUCUUUCUCACGGACCCAUCCUACAAGCAAGUCAAUGUCGAGUGACCCUGAGGCCCUUUCGGAGACCAGCAUGAGACUAUCUCUGAAUGCACAGAAAGGAGAACCAGAUGACAAUGAUGCUGAUUCUGGGAAACAAGACUCUGAUGAGCCCGACACCACAGACAGCGAGGUCACUGCCCCAUAUGAACAUAACAUCCAAAAGGAAGCCCAUGCUGAAGGAAAAUAUCUUUGUGCCAAAGACAGAGCUGAUGUGUUGCUAAAGAAGAGAAAAACAGCACAGGAUCCCCGGACAAAAGCAUCAAAAAAGUCACUGAGAGGAAGAAAGAAAGUCAAAGCCGAGGAGCGCUCAGCUGGGGCACCGGUGAUCACCAAGAGCCUGGAGAACUGCUCCACUUCCCACCACAAUACCUCCGAGGAGAGCUAACUGCAGGGCAGGCUGAGGAGCAAUGCAGGCAGGCUGCGGAGCGGGAGGAGAGCACUGGGCCGGCUCAGAGACCUCCCUCCGCGCCCGACCCACGCUGGGAGCGCCGCUCCCCCUGCCACGCUGGGCCGGGCAGCGGGGAGCCCGCGAGGGCUCGGCAACGAGCGGAGAGCCCUGGAAGUCUGUACGGAUGCUCCUGCAGGAGGCCAAGCGAGGAGAUGCGACGGGUGAGGGGUGAUGCGGGCAGCUGGUGGAGCAGCACAGGCUCUCGGUGACGUGCAGAGCGGGUCCCCAUCCUGACGCCAGGAAGAGGAGACUCCCCCUCCACGCAGCGCCGGACCGGGACCACGUUCUUCUUCGGGGUUUCGCACGAGGAGAUCGGCCUACCCCGUGUCUGGUCCCCGCGAACAGCUUCCUGGUGGCUGGCUGAAGGACGCGACCGGCGCGAGCACACGCAGGACCCCGCUGCACCCACGCGCAAACCUGCAUCGAUUAAAU